AUGGAGCAGGAAUUAGAACGAAUCGUGCAGGCAAUCAGCAUUGCUUCCAAUCCAGCUCAAUAUGCCCUCCAACAACAAGCUUUGGACUACCUCCAAUCAAUCGAAAACAACGCUGAAACCACUUGGAGACUUGCUAUGACGCUUUUCGUCGAGACCGGGGCAGAUGGAUCGAGGAAAUAUUCGCCCGAAGCUAGAUUCUUUGCCCUCAGAAUCCUCGAGGGUUUUUUCGACCGCCAACUAGAGUCAUUAGACGACGAUUCGUUUCGAACGAUUCAACAAGGCCUGCUUUCUUACAUCCAAAGCGAAUACGUCUAUGGGCCCGCUGAGGCCACACUACCCUAUCUCCGGAACAAAUUCUCGCACACUCUAACCCUCUUCUUCCUUUGCUCCUACAUCAGCCAAUGGCCAACUUUCUUCGCGGAUCUCUUCUCCCUCAUGCGCCCAGCCGAGUCUUCGUCUUCAGCCUCUGCACCAGCAUUCAAUCGCCAUAUAAUAAUCUUAUUCUUCCGUAUUAUCCUCGAAGUCUCUGGAGAAGUCGCCGAUCAGACUCUUAAAGCUGCCAGGACCUUUAAUCAAGCUCGCCAUGUCCGCGAUGCUCGUGUGCGCGAUGCCGUCCGUGAAAGAGACGCUGCUGGGAUCAAUGAAGCAGUCUUGACUCUUGUCGCUCAAGGCGUCGAUAUCAUGAAAAAGAGUGAUAAAGCUGGCCCUGAUUCCCCAACUGAACUCGUGGAAAUUGGAAUCAAGACAUUUUCAUCCUAUGUUGGAUGGAUCGAUAUUAACCUUACAGUCACGCCGACAACCGUUCCACUCCUCUUCACGCUCCUCGCUGACCCUUCCCUUUCUGUGCGACUCGCAACAUCGACUGCUCUGUCUCGUAUUGUUGCCAAAGGCCUCAAAGAGCCCGGAGACAAGCUUCAGUUGCUCAAGGUGCUUGCAUUAGAUCAGGUCAUCGAUGCAUUAGAAGCAAAAACCAGUUCAGAAAAGCUGCAACGGACUACGGCUGAUGAGGGCGAAGAGAUAUAUCGUGAAUUUCUGGGGAAAUUGUUGAAUGUUCUUGGUCUUGAGCUGGUAAAACUCGUCGAGGACUCUGGCAACGACACGGUCUCCUCAGAAGCGACUGUAAUGCUCAAUCAGAUCCUUCCCGUAGCUCUUCGCAUUAUGGCAGACGAGUACGACGAUACAUCAAAUACCGUGUUUCCUAUGUUGAGCGCUGUACUUCUCAGUUACAAGCGGGCGAAAAAGGUUUCAGCGGCAGUUUUGGAUGAAGGAAAACGCUCCUUCCUAGCUUCGUUGUUACAAGUUACGCUAACCAAGGAGAAAUGGGACGAGGAGGUCGAUCCAGAUGACCCAGACGAGGACGAUAUUGCCGGCUUCGAAGCUGUGCGAAAAGAACUUCUCAGCUUACUUGAUUCAGUCCACGUCCUCGAUGAAGGACUUGUCGCGACAGCAUUUCAUACGCUUGUGAGGAGUACCAGCGAAGCCUAUCGCAAUGGCGCGAGGGUCGAAUGGAAUGACGCAGAGCUUGGUGUCUAUCUAGUCUACAUCUUUGGGGAGAUCAAUAAAGGCGGAGGCAAAGGUCGCACGGCGUUUUGCGUCACUCCCGCCUUUGAAAAGGACAAGAAGAAGUCGGUGGACUACUCUAUAUAUCCACUGACGCCGCAUGGGGAAAUGCUUCUUGGUCUCCUCCAAGCAAACAUCUCUUCCUAUCCCAAGCGCAUCGUGGGCCUGCAAUUCUUCGAGACUGUCGCCCGAUACCCCGACUUUUUCAAGGUUCGAAAGGAAUAUAUCAUGCCAACGCUGGAGGCGAUGAUUGACCCCCGAGGAAUUCACAAUCAAGACUCGAAUCAUCGCUCCCGGGUGUUUUAUUUGUUCUACCGCUUCGUCAAGGAAAUCAGAGUUGACAUUCCUGAAGACGUUGCGGCUUCCAUUGCCAACAGCUUCCGGGAUCUCUUGACGAUUGAGGUCCAGUCGCCAGACGACGACGAUUCUGAUUCGUCCAACGACCCCCUUUCUGAAAUUAUCAAAAGUUCGGCUUUCGAAUCGCAACUUUACCUUUUCGAGACUGUUGGCUCGCUCUGCUCUCUGCUAUACAAAAGUCCAGAUCAGCUUGCGGCCAUGUUGUUGUCAUUCGUCAAGCCACUAAUGUCUGAACUUUCGGACAACCUCCAAGCUUUCCAGUCCAAUGGCGACCAGGACAUCAUUCCCAUUGCCAAGGUUCAUCAUGCAAUCAUGGCUCUAGGGAACAUCUCUAAAGGCUUUCCGGACUAUCCAAACCCUGUGCUUCCAGGGUAUAUUCCGCUCCCCACCGAAAUAUUUUCGGAGGUCGCGCAGGCCAUCCUUGUUUGCCUUGCGGCUAUGAAUCGUUUCAAAGACAUUCGCGAAGCGAGUCGAUUUGCGUUUACUCGCAUCCUCGCCACAGCGGGCCCGAAUAUUGCACACUUUAUUCCACAACUUAUGGCCAAUCUCCUGACACAAUUUGAGCCAACGGAGCUUGUAGACUUCCUGAACUUCAUCGGACUUCUUAUUCAUAAACUCCAGGAGGAUUUCUUCAUUGUCCUCGACGAACUCAUCGGUCCAUUAUCCAGCCACAUCACCGGUUUUUUGGCCCAACCGAUUAGUGGGACGGACGAGCAAAGAAUGCACCUGGAGACAAGAAAGGCAUACCUCUCCCUCCUCAACGCUAUCAUGAACUCGAAAAUUUUAACUGUCUUCACCUCAGAACGUAAUCAGAGCCGUUUCGAUGCGCUGAUGGAGAGCAUGCUGCAGAUAGCUAGCGAUCUCUCGGACCCUGUCUGCCAGCGGAUUGCUGUCCAAUUUUUGGGUCGCGCCGUAACAACUUGGGGAUCGAUCAAUGAAGGAGCUGACCCUAAGGUUGGACUGCCUGGCUUUGAGCAGUACAUCUACAAGCGCAUUCUUCCCGCGGUCUUCCAGGUCCCAUCCGUUCCGCAAUUCAAUUCCAAAGACCCUGGCCAUAGCCAAGUGUUGAACGAGAUCGCCAACUUGCUCCAAAGCUACUUGCAAGACCGACCUAAACCCUCUGGCGGAUUCUGGACGAUAGAAUAUUAUCAAUGCUACUUUGACGUUGACACAAAAACGGUUUUACAGCGAUGUUACUCGACAUUGAUACCCACGUCCGCAACGUCAGAUUACCUCUCCACCCAUCUCAACCCCGCAGACCUCUACGGCCCAUUCUGGACGCUGACGACACUCAUAUUCACACUCUUCCUGUCGUCCUCCCUGGCUGCUUCUGUCACCGCGUAUCUAUCAGACCCCAAUGCCGCCAUUUCGUAUGAUUUUGGCCUGCUUUCCAUUGCAGUACCACUAGUUUACAGCUAUGGUCUCGCAGUGCCCGUUCUUCUAUGGAUUGCGCUCAGAUACCUGGGUGUUGGUGAAUGGUCUGUUGUAGAAGCCAUCGCACUGUGGGGUUAUUCUAUGUUUGUGUGGAUUCCGGUUUCGAUACUCGCAGUUCUCCCAUUUGCUUCUGUGCGAUGGGUUCUCGUCGGUGUUGCAUUUGGGUUGUCGGGCUACUUCCUUGUUCGCAACGUCUAUCCUAUUCUUGCGACGGCCGAAGCAAAGCCUACACGUCUUUUGAUCAUUAUAAUUGCCGCCCUCCAUCUAGGACUGGCCAUCACCUUCAAAGUUCUCUUCUUCAGCUACUACAUCAUCCCGCCACCCGCUGCUGAUCCCAUUCCUAACGGCCCAGGCACCGAGAUUGGGACUCAACCGGGAAACCAUACCGGGACGACAGCCGCAGCCGCAGCCUCAUUGGUGGCCUUGCGGAGGCUACUGUCUUGA